AACCAAUUUAAUUAACGUAAAAAAUUAUAACAUAUUUUAUGUAUUUACAAAAAUAUUUCAUUUUUAAUUUUAUUAAAUAGUAAUUAAUACUAGAGGACUACACCCAAAAAGUGACACUACCAACAUUCUGAAAAGAAGAUUCUGCCCCUUCCCCUUUUAUGAAACGUCAAAUCAGUGCAAAAUACAACAAUAAUAAACACGAUGAAAUUAAAUCGAAACGUAUUGAACGUGUAAUAAAUCAAGCCAAAAUGGAAUUAUUUAGAUCAGAAUCGUUUUACAUAUUUGUUAGAAAUGAAUCAAGUUUGUGGUGGAACAGGACAACCGGGGCAUUUUCAGUGCGAUCAGCGUGGGAUAUGUCUGAUAUUGAGGAUAUUGAGUGUCUGGGGAUCACAGAUGGGAUUUUGGGCAAGGUGGAACACUCUAAUAUAUACGAACCUCGUCUGAUGAUAAUAAAAGAGAGUGCUCCUGUGGGGACAAUAUACUUCCAUCACUCAAUAUAUAAAAUUAAAUCAGUAUGUUUUCUGAACAUGGGGCCUGUGAAUCAGGAGAUAGAGUUGACUCCUUGCACUAAACAUGGAUCUAUGAAUGCUGUAUCCAGUUCCAAUAAGUCUUUGAAUAAGAAGAUGGGAGCGAGGCUGUUUGAGAACUCAGCGUUUUUGAAUAAAACUGUUGGAGCUGUGAAGAAUGUCAGCAACACCAUCAAGACUACUACACAGCAGGCUGCGACACAAGUAAAACAAUCAGUAAAGAAGCAACGAGACCCGAAGCUAGCGGAGCGCUUCGAGAAACGUCUGACUGAUGAACUGCUCAAGAUAUUCGACGACUCGGAGAGUUUCUACUACUCUCGAACCCUGGACUUGACGAACAGUCUCCAAAGACAGUAUGAGAUUGAGAAGAUCCUGGAAUCCGAAGCUGGUACUGGCAAACCUGUUGUGGACAUCACGAAGUGGUGGAAACAUGUCGAUGAUAGAUUCUUCUGGAACAAACAUAUGAUGAAGGAUAUCAUUGCUCUUGGGAGUCCAGAUUGCGACCAAUGGAUUCUCCCAAUCAUCCAAGGCUACGUCCACCUGUCCCAGAUAGCGGUAGAGCCAGCAGAUAUAAACCCUUUGAACACAGAGUCUUUGUCUAACGCCAAUACUUGUGAUGAAACCUUCACGCUGGGCCUCAUUUCACGGCGGUCGAGGUACCAGGCUGGAACACGGUACAACCGUCGAGGUAUAGAACCGGGCGGUAAGGUGGCAAACUACGUGGAGACUGAACAGAUCGUCUCAAUCAUAUGCUCAGACAGCAUACACAGGGCAUCAUUCGUUCAGGUUCGUGGUUCUGUGCCAAUAUUUUGGAGCCAACCGGAAUACAAGUUCAGACCUCCGCCUCGUCUCGAUCGAACUGAAGACGAAUCCCACGCCGCCUUCAAGAAGCAUUUUGCAGAAGAACUGACAACGUACAAAAAUGUAUGUAUAGUGAAUCUAGUGGAACAACAGGGCAGGGAGCGCAUUAUAUGGGAGGCGUACGGCAACCAUGUACUUCGGUACAAUAGUCCUGACGUCAUCUAUGCCACUUUUGACUUCCACGAGUAUUGCCGCGGCAUGCACUAUGAAAACGUGAGUAUCCUAAUCAACGCGUUGGCCGACGUCAUCGGGGAGAUGCGAUUCUGUUGGCGCGACGACCGCGGCCUCAUCUGUACGCAGAACGGAGUGUUCAGGGUCAACUGCAUUGACUGCCUCGAUAGGACUAAUGUUGUACAGACAGCAAUAGCAAAAUACGUCCUAGAGCUGCAACUAUGUCGGCUCGGACUGGGCACCCCGGGCUGUGGACUCCCUCCCUCACUGCGACAGGCGUUCCUCACUAUGUGGGCCGAUAACGGAGACGUUAUCUCUAGGCAGUAUGCUGGGACUAAAGCGCUGAAGGGUGAUUACACAAGAACAGGCGAAAGAAAAUUCACAGGACUAAUGAAGGACGGUGUCGCAUCAGCUAACAGAUUCAUCAUCCGCCAUUUUAACGACGCCAUAACGCAAUGCGCCAUAGACAUUCUGCUCGGACAGGAAGUCAAUAUGGCGACGGUUGUCAACUUUGACAGUUUUUGGCGGGAUGUCAAAACUGCUUCGUUGAUGUUGGUCGAAAAUUUGGACAGUGAGAGGCCAAAGUUAGAAAUGAUGCCGUCUUACUUCGGACAUGCGUUGACUAGUGAGCUUUUGGGGGCGGAAAUCGCGUACGGGAUGGGGAGAUACUACCUCUCAACGUUCAAAGACGCGCUUCGCCAGGUGGCUAUAGAUGUGAUGACGGGCGAGUCCCGCAGUAUACCGGAUCAGCUGAUUGUUCCCGAGUGUGGAAAAUGCACUUCUGUUAAGGAUCAUACGGAGCCAGAUACGGCAGCGAUGGCGCAACAUGUGAAAUCCCUAAUAGACGAUUGCAAGAAGUUGCUGGUUGAUACGGAACCGGUACUCGGGUCCUGGGGACUUAUAGAUGCUGAUCCUAAUACGGGCGACCCUCAAGAGACGGAGAUGGACAGCGUGCUAGUACUGACGAGCUCUGCGUACUACGUGGCGGACUACGACGAGACGUCCGACAGGUUGCUCGGCGUGCAACGGGUCGCGCUCGCUGACGUCACGCUCAUUGAACUCGGACCCUUCGAUGCUAACUGUACCACGUUGUUCAGCGUGGGUCGCAAGAACACCCCGGAGCCAGUGUACUGCGUCCGCAUCCACUACUCGUGUAGCGGGGAGGCGGGCUACUUCCACAUGUUCCGCUCCACUACGCUGCGGUUCUUCAACAACAUGGCCGUCGUCAUCAAUACCAGGGACGAGAUGAUUGAAUCUCUGCACUCAAUCUGCGAGUCGUUGAUGGUGGCGCGGGACGUUGCCAAGCUCCCUCCCAUCCCUUUCCACGACGGAGUCAAGCUGGAAAAGAAGAAAUCUAAAGUCCACCCAGGCCAGUCAGGCAACGCUCGGUCCUCGAUAUACUUGGACCUAUCCCGUCUACCCACUCUCACGAGAAAUGUAAGCGAAACGCAACUCGUCGCCGACAUCCGAAGUGUUGCCGAGGGCGGGCGGGCGCGCGUGGUGCCGCUGCACAUGCACCGCAACGUGGUGGCUACCGCCAGCGACCGCUCGCACGCUGACGCACACACUGUUCGAUCAAAAGCCCUGACCAAUAUGACGGAACAAUUUAGUAAGCUGAACAAACUGAGUCACUCGUUGAACGCGCGCGCACGACCUAGUUUACAGUUAAAAUUCGACCAGAGCGCCUCUCGCACUAAGAAGAUAUUCACCCUGGGACAGAACAAGGACAAUAAGAAAAAAGGCAGCCUCUCUGACGGCAUGAGCUCUGAUUACUCCUCUGACGACGAAAACAGAACAAAUAUCUUCGAACCAACUCUCGACAACUUCGAAAAUACCCAACAUUACAUUGGCAAACCAGCACAGAAGACCGAAGCAGAAAACGACUGUGAACUCAUACAAAAUCCCCUGUACUCUUCAAAAAUCGAACCGCAUGAUACACAAGACUUUAUUCCUUCAGAAAUAGUGACUAAUGUUGAAAAACAAGCGAGUAAAACGCCAAGUAAUGUCAACAAAAUCAAUCCGUUUAACAUAGAGGCGUCGAAGACUCCGGAGAUUCAGGUGGACGGGGCUUUUGCGAAGCCUGCUCCUCCGAGUUCCCUGAUGUUGGCACAGAAACUGUCUCACAGUUCCAAUGAGUUGAAUUUCGAUGAUAGUCAGUCGGAGGGGGUGAACUUCCAUGUUCGUUCAAACUCUCAGCAUGAGAUCACGUUGAAUAUUGCGCAGUCGCACAGUGAGUCCGCCAUCAAACAGUUCAAGAACAUCGCCAGUCCUGUCGGUAGCAGCACUAAGGACAUGGUACUCUCGCCCUUGACGAAGUUGGCUAAGGGCGUCCAGAAUCUGGGGGCUAAUUUGGAUCCGAGGAAGAUUAAGGCCGCUCCAGCGGUAAAACAAGUAACAGAGCAACAAUACGAAGAACACAGGAAACUACAGGAGAAAUGGCGCGACUGCAACACUAGGCUGGUCGCACUCUAAUGCUAGUGUUGCCAACUACAAACACAGUAUUGCCAGGUGAAAAAUCUAAACAGUAUACAGAUACACAAUAAUUUAUUUAUUAUAAUUUAUUUCAUGCACAAUGUAAUAAUUUUAAUAAUGUAGACUUAGUCUGCGUGAUUUAGUUUCAUUUGUAUUUACACCAUACAGUAUUUAGUCAACUAAAUGAACGUAGUUUACGAAUUAACGAUACGAAUAGUUUGCAGGGUUGAAACGUAAUGUCCUUUAGGAGUUAGGAAGUGAAUUUUAAGAUCUAAUAAUAAUAUAUUGAAAUUCUACAAUGUAUUGAGAGCAGCCAAACUUUUAAAACAACUUAUACUCCAGUGGCGACAUCUGGUGAAAAUAAAAAAAACAGCUUAUUCUGUGUUGAUAUCGAAAUACUCUUCUCGGCCAUAAUGUUUGGUUUGAAGAUGAUGUUUUUUAAUUACUUGGAUUAAACGGCUUAUAUCUAGCUAUUCUAAAGGCUACCGUUAAAAUUGUGUAUUUCUAGUAAAUUAUACAAGUUUGGAUGUUCUCUACCUUAAAUAAUUGCCAGAAAACCUUCCUAGAAAAUCUUCAAGCUAAUCUAGCUAUUGUCUGAUCAUACCCAUAACUUCAAAUUAUGGCGUUAGAAAAUCUUUACAUUUUCAACUCUAAAUGAACUCCUAAAUAUUCUAUUAACUAGAAUCAAAUGUUUCACGCGUCUUUGAUAGUUCCUGAAAUAGCUCUUUAACUUGCAAAAAAAUAAUAAUAAUAACUCAAAAAGUAUGAAAUGCUAAUAAAAUAUUACUACAAUCUUCUACUUUUAUAACAAUUGACAUUCCUUUUAAAUAUAAUAACAAAUAGUAUUAAAAUAAGGCCUCAUUUAGUUUAUUAGUAGCGUAAAUAUGUAUAAAACAUAGACUCGCCCUGUAACAUAACUGGCGAAUCGGGGCUACCG